UUUUCAUGCAAUAUUUCAGAGAGAGAAAAGAAAUCCGUUUAGUUACUUUCCUGAAAUUGAGGAGUCAACUAAUCUAAAGGCUGAAGUAUCUAUUCAGAACGUACACUGCCGCUUGUAGUAGUCUCUAUUCAGGCUAUAACUGCCCGGCCUUGUGGCCAGACUUGAAGUCUCUUUAUGUUAGCUUGUUUUAUAAGAGGGAGGCGCAAAGAAACAUUAGUUAUUUCGGAAGCACAGAUCAGACAAAAAAAAGGUCAGCCAUGGCUUUGCAUCGAAAGCUUUCGGAACAACUAGUAGUGCUGCUACAUCUAAUUAUUGGGGUCCAGCUAGUUUUAGCAGCGCCUCAACCCAAUGAUCCGAGCUGCAACCGCAUAUGCGGAUCUGUUAAUAUCCCCUACCCAUUUGGUACAAGCGAGGGCUGCUACCUUGAUAAAUCUUUUCUCAUCAAAUGUAACAACUCUUUCCAGCCCCCAAAACCAUUUCUGGCCGUUGAUAAUAUAGAAGUCCUCAACAUCUCUACUGAUGAUGGUGAACUACGAGUCUCAAACUUGGUAUUCCGUAGUUGCGAAUGGUGGCCAGUGUAUGAUAAUCAGCCUAGUCUACGCCGCAUCUCUGCCUUGCUCAGCUUGUCGAAUUUUAGUAUCUCACUUGAGAAGAACAGUAUCUUUGCCGUCGGUUGUAACUUUUUCGCCUACAUAAGUGGCUGGCAGGGACAACAUUAUACGUUCAUGUCUGGAUGCACAUCAGUUUGUGGCAAAAGUACCGGUUUGGUUAACGGCUCUUGCUCUGGCCUUGGCUGUUGCCAUUCAGCUAUCCCAGAAAACGCAACGAAAUAUAAUUUGACCGUUCAGAGCAUUUACACUAAUGGAUCCAGCAGAACCUCGGGGCAAUCAUGUGGUUUAGGUUUUAUAGGGGAAACACAGGCAUACACCUUUUCCACCUUAGAUUUUGAAAAUUUAAUGAACAGGGAGACUGUACCCCUGUUGCUUGAUUGGGCAAUUGCAAAUAAGAAGUGCGAAGAUGCUCAGAAAAAUUGGUCAAGCUAUUUAUGCAAAGCAGCGAAUAGUAAUUGUUCGGAACCCAACGCUCUUGGGUAUAUUUGCAAGUGCCCCGAAGGUUAUCAAGGGAACCCAUACAUUCUUGAUGGAAAAGAUGGUAGUUGCCAAGAUAUUGAUGAGUGCAAAGAUCAUCCGAAUCCCUGCAAUGCUAAUGCAACAUGUAUCAACACUAACGGGAGCUACCAAUGUACUUGUCUCGAGGGAUAUAAAGGCGACGGGAGGAUGCCGCCUGGUACAGGUUGCAGUAAAAAACCCGGUCAAUCCAAGAUCAUCAUUAAUAUUGCCUUAGGCAUCAGCAUAAGCCUCUUGAUCCUGCUUGUGGGAACUUUGUGGGUAUAUUGGGUAAUGCAAAGAAGAAAGCUCAUAAAACUGAAAGAGAAGUUCUUCCAACAAAAUGGUGGCUUAAUCUUACAACGACAACUCUUGAAUCACAAAGAAUAUGUUGAGUCAGCCAAAAUCUUUAGCGCAAAAGAGCUUGGAAAGGCCACUAACAACUAUGAUAAAAGUAGAGUCCUUGGCCAAGGAGGCUUUGGAACUGUUUAUAAAGGAAUUUUAUCAGAUGACAAAGUGGUGGCCAUUAAGAAGUCCAAUGUUGUUGAUCAGAGCCAGAUUGAGCAAUUUAUAAAUGAGGUGGUUGUUCUUACUAAAAUUAAUCAUAAGAAUGUGGUUAAGUUAUUAGGUUGUUGUCUUGAGACCGAAGUACCCUUACUUGUAUAUGAGUUCAUCACGAACGGAACACUUUUUGACCAUAUUCAUGAUAAAAACUUAUCAUCCUCACUCUCAUGGGAAAAACGUUUGAAGGUAGCAUCGGAAACUGCAGGAGCCCUAGCAUACAUACAUUUCGAGACUUCUAUGUCUAUUAUACAUAGAGAUGUGAAAACUACAAAUAUACUUAUGGAUGAUAACCACACAGCAAAAGUGUCUGACUUUGGAGCUUCCAGAUUGGUUCCUCUUGACCACACACGAUUAACAACCGUGGUGCAGGGAACUUUGGGAUACUUGGACCCAAAAUACUUCCAUACUAGCCAACUAACUGAAAAAAGUGACGUCUAUAGUUUUGGUGUUGUUAUUGCAGAGCUACUGACAGGUGAAAAGGCACUUUCCAUGGAUAGGCCCGAAGCUGAAAGAAAUCUAGCAAUGUAUUUUGUUACUGCAAUGAAAGAGGAUCGCCUACUUCAGAUUAUUGAUGAUCGCAUUCUUAUAGAAGGUAAUAUUGAGGAAAUAAAGGAAGUUGCUAAUAUAGCAAAAAAGUGCUUAAAGGUAAGAGGGGAGGAUAGGCCUAGCAUGAAGCAAGUAACAAAGGAGCUGGAGGGAUUAAGACUUUUGGAAAAACACUCGUUGAAAAAGGUUGAUUCCAAUAUACAACAGAUCACUAAGCAUUUGCCCUAUGCAUCUACACAUGCUUUGGGAAUUGAUGUUGACGUCGGCAGCUCUUCUAUGAGUACCAUUGUUGCAGAUGAUAGCAUGAAAAAUCAAAUACUGAAACCAACAGAUAAUGAUGCUAGAUAAUUUGUUCAUCCUCAUCGAAGGCUAGCUAGCUAGCAUAGCCUAUCUCUCUCGUAUAUAGACAUUCAUUAUCACCACCCAUCGCUAGCCAUCCAUGUACGCACCCAUUUUCUCCAAUUGUUUACUUGCCCCUCACACCCUAAAAGUGCUUUCUUACUCUCUUUCUCCUCUCAACCACCAUCUUCCUCCAAUUCGAUCUCUUCCCACCCCUUAGAUCUCUCUCUCUCUCUCUCUCUUUAUAUAUAUAUAUAUGUAUAUAUGAUCUCUAUCUGUCUGUCUAUCUAUCUAUAUAUAUAUAUAUAUAUAUAUAUAUUCUUCACAUGCUUUCUAGCUUCACCAUCUUUUCUUGUCUCUCUCACCUCCCAAUCUUCAACAAUAACUUUCCUGAGGUUCCUGAUCUUUUGGGUUUUCCGCUUUAUGAACGGAAAUUUGGUCUCCUUAACUUGUAUGCGUGAUGUUUUAAGAUUGAAAGAAUGUGAUCGUAUAUAGCUUU